AUGUCCGGGGAGCCUGUCACUGCCCCUCCCCCCCCCCACGCCGGCCUGGCCGCCGCCCCGCCCUCCCGGGCCUGGGGGUCAGCAGACCCACGUGGGAGAGCGCGCGGUGCCCGGCGCCGCCUGGGUGGGGGACGGGAAGGCACAGGUGUCUCCUCUCCGCAGGUGGCCUCCAUGAACCAGCGCCGCGUGGAUUUCUACCUCGCCUCCAUCGAAGACAUGCUGGUGGCCGUCGGGGGCCGGAACGAGAACGGAGCGCUGUCGUCGGUAGAGACGUACAGUCCCAAGACGGACUCCUGGUCCUAUGUGGCCGGCCUGCCCAGGUUCACGUACGGCCACGCGGGCACCAUCUACAAGGACUUCGUGUACAUCUCGGGGGGCCACGACUACCAGAUCGGCCCGUACCGCAAGAACCUGCUGUGCUACGACCACCGCACGGAUGUGUGGGAGGAGCGGCGGCCCAUGACCACGGCGCGCGGCUGGCACAGCAUGUGCAGCCUGGGCGACAGCAUCUACUCCAUCGGGGGCAGCGACGACAACGUGGAGUCCAUGGAGCGCUUCGACGUGCUGGGCGUGGAGGCCUACAGCCCGCAGUGCAACCAGUGGACCCGCGUGGCGCCGCUGCUGCACGCCAACAGCGAGUCGGGCGUGGCCGUGUGGCAGGGCCGCAUCUACAUCCUGGGCGGCUACAGCUGGGAGAGCACCGCCUUCUCCAAGACCGUGCAGGUGUACGACCGCGAGGCCAACAAGUGGAGCAGGGGCGUCGACCUGCCCAAGGCCAUCGCCGGCGUGUCGGCCUGCGUCUGCGCCCUGAAGCCGCAGCUGGAGGACAAGAAGAAGAAGGGCAAGGGCAAGCGGCACCAGGACCGGGGCCAGUGACCUUGGGGUCACCGCCAGGCCGGCAGCCCCUGCUCACGCCCCCGGGCGACAUCAUGUACUACUUAGCAGCCUUCUUUUUUUUUUUUUUUUUUUUUUUAACUUUUAUGAUUCCUGGUAUUUCUAUGAUAUCACAGUGACCGAUUAAACAUGACGUGGAACUUUGCA